UUCAAUAAUUAACCAUGAAAUCUUCAAGUGCAUUAGCUGCUCUUGUGGUUCUAAUCGUUCUUGCCUCAACUUCAGAGGCUGCAAUUUCAUGCAGUGAUGUGAUUAAGGACUUGAAACCUUGUGUGAGCUACUUGGUAAGUGGAAGUGGACAACCACCAGCUGCAUGUUGCUCUGGUGCUAAAGCUCUUGCCUCUGCUGCAUCAACCUCAGAGGAUAAGAAAGCUGCUUGUAACUGCAUCAAGUCCACUGCAAAGAGUAUCAAAAUGAACACACAAUUGGCUCAGGCUCUUCCAGGGAACUGUGGAAUAACCCUCUCCAUCAAUAUCUCCCCCAAUGCAGACUGCUCCAAGGUUGGUUGAAACUUGGAAGUUGGAACUGGAGGGUGUUGCAGAGCAUGCUGAACAUUUUUCUGCUAUAUAUGUAUUGGAAUAUUAACUUAUUUUGUAAUAAACAGGAAUCCACCUUUGUGGAUUUCUCUAUUAUGUCGAU